AACAAAAUAAAUAGCAAAACAAACGCUUGCGGUAAAUCAUCCACACUGUAAAAGAGCACUAACAUACACCAUGAAGAUCUACUACAUUGGAAUCCUCCGCACUGGUGGAGAAAAGGCUCUUGAGCUCACUUCUGCCCGUGAUCUCUCCCAGUUCUCCUUUUUCGAACGUACUGGUGUUUCCCAGUUCAUGACCUUUUUCUCAGAAACCGUUUCCCAAAGAACCAAGUCUGGCCAAAGACAAUCUAUUGAGGAGGGCAACUACGUCGGACACACCUACUCGCGCUCCGAGGGUGUGGCGUGUGUCUUGAUCACCGACAAGGAAUACCCUGUCCGUCCAGCGUACACCUUGAUCAAUAAGGUUCUUGAAGAGUACUUGCAAGCUCAUCCAGAAUCUGAAUGGAAAAACAUCCAGGCCACAACCCCACUGCUUGGCUUGGACGCCUUGGAAAGCUACUUGAAGAAGUACCAAGAUCCUUCUCAAGCCGACUCCAUCAUGAAGGUUCAACAGGAACUUGACGAGACAAAGAUUGUCUUGCACAAGACCAUUGAAAGUGUCUUACAAAGAGGAGAAAAAUUGGACUCCUUGGUGGAUAAGAGUGAAGCCUUGAGUAGCAGCAGUAGAAUGUUCUACAAGCAGGCUAAGAAGACCAAUAGUUGUUGUGUUAUUGUCUAGAGACGUCACCCAUGACUAAUGAGAAUCUGGACACAUGGCCCUAGAUCCCAGAACAACGACACUUUCUUCUCGGGAAGCGAUACUGGAUGGAAUGUCAAACUACACAGCAAGGUUAAGGGCCGACUGGGGUGCCUCGUCGCAUACUGUUUUUUUUUUCGAGAAUGAUACAGAUUACAAGUGUUAACGCAUAAUAUAAGCAGCAAAUACAAUACAUGUA